UAAUCUCUUUCUUUUUCCUUCAUCCCCACUCUCUUUCUUCUCAUCCCCUCAUCCUUCUCACUCCAUUCCACACAAUGUCCCGAAGAAACAGAAACGGUGCUGGCACUACCUACGUCAACAAUGUUCGGGGUCCUACCAGCGCCUUGACCAGCUUUCUAAACGAAAGAGGAAUUCGCCGCGCCAACCCAGCGCCUGCUCCUGCAGUCUCCAACACAGUUGAGCAGCAACAGGAUGAGGAAAAUCAGUCGACACCUACAACACCAUCUUCCUCUCAGACCACUCGCACUGCUCGCCUUACUAGAGGCAGGACUAUCACUACGGCGACCGGUAGUGCUUCCAUCAGCACCUCUCGGUCGGAAUCGAUUGACGCUGUGAAUACCUCAGCCGGCGAUGUUGAAGAGGAGGAAGAGAACGGCGACGAUAACGAUGACGGGGUCGAUCUUGUGCCCAUAUCGCUCUCACUCCGGACUACCCGCUCAACCCGUGUAAGAGUCGCCGUUGCUGCAUCCACAUCUUCGGCCUCGUCUUCCUCUUCCAAGGCGAAGGCCGCCGCAUCCAAAGAUGCUGAUUCUGCUGCAGCAGGCCCAUCAAAGAAGCGCCGCAAGAAGGAUGCUUCUGACGACGAGAACGACGAGGAUUUUCAUGACAUCACUGGCUAUGUCUCCCGGUCGAGCUUCAGUCACAAAGGUCGGAUGCCUCAAGGAUCCAACAGAAUCGAGUUCUGCUCCCGAUGCAGAGCCCGGUUUACCAUCAAGGCUGGCAUUACACCAGCUAUGGAUGAAGAUGAUGGUGGAAUGUUAUGUCCCACGUGCGCUGGUGCCACUGAACCUGCUCUGACUCCCAUUCCAAGAUCCAAGCCUGCUAAGCGUGCUAGAAGGAAGCAACAGAAGGCAGAGAUCGAGAGCCAGGUCCCUUCGCUGCAAGAUCUGUGCAUUCAGAAAAUUGCAAACUACAUUGAGGAUGUAGAGGCAUUCGGAGACAUCAGCGACUUCAGCUUGAACAGAAUCUGCAAGAUUAUCUGUCGGAAUCGAUCUCUGAACCCGAGCACUAUCCAGCUUUUCCUCGAUCCUCGCCAUGUUGAUUUGACUCUGUACGAUUGCACUAACAUCACCGCCGAGGGGUUUCAGAGCAUUGCCCAGUUUUGUCCCAACCUUCGGUCUCUCAAGCUCAAGAUGUGCGGGCGAAUCGACGACAGCGCCAUGGCCUACUAUACGGAACACCUCACCGAUCUCUCUUCGCUCUCGCUUGUAGGCCCAAUCCUGAUUACGGAAGGUGCCUAUAUCAAACUGUUCGAGACUGUGGGCGAGAGGUUCGAGCGGUUCGAAAUUAAGCACGCAGCUAGGUUCUCUCUUAAGGCACUCAAGGCUCUUUGCGAUAACUGUCCCAACCUGACUCACCUGAGGCUCAGUGACCUUAACCAGAUGGACGACGAGUGGAUGGAGCCCAUUUCCAACCUUACAAAGUUGAGAUCGUUACGUCUUCGCAAUCCGGAACAUGAAUGUGUGUCGACAGAGCCUGUAAUGAAACUCCUUCAGGCUGUGGGAUCGGGGCUAGAGGAGUUAGAGCUGAAGGGCUGUAUCGCGCUGGAGGACCGUGUCUUGACCGAUGCCGUACUGCCGAGUUGUGUGCGCCUGGAGAGACUCAACAUUGCGGGCUGCGAGGAGUUCACUACCGAAGGCAUCGUGGCGCUGUUUACGGAGUGGAAGUUGAAUCGCGGGCUGACAUAUCUUAACCUAGAGAACUGUGUCAUGCUCAAGGAUGAGGCACUAGUGGCCAUUGCAGCACAUUCGGGUGCAACGCUUGAGGACUUUGGUAUCAAGGGUUUGGAUGAGCUCACGAAGGAAGGGCUGGCUGCGAUGGAGCAGUGUCUCAACUUAAAGACAUUAGAUGUGAGCUGGUGCCGUGCCAUGGACGACGAUAUGAUGGAGCGACUCUUGGAGUCGUCCCCAAAGCUGGAGAAGAUCAUUGUGUGGGGUGACCAUCGAUUGACAGAAUGCUGUCCCAGCAGGAAGGGGCUAAAAGUUGUUGGUCGUGAAGGUGAUUACAUGGACCUGAGAUUCAUGUAGGGCGCACACAUCCUAUGUCUCAAUAGACUGCAAAACAAAGAAGAGAAUACAUCCAAUUGUGAAUGGGAAGAAUAUAAUCUCACCCCCCCGUAAGAUUUUAUUCUUACACCCCCCGUGAGAUUAUCCAAAGCACAUAGUGAAAUUUUAUUCUCACACCCCCCGUAAGAGCUUUAAUCUUACACCCUGUUAUUCUAUAGCGAAACAAAGAUAAUCUCACGGGCAUAUAAAAGAGGCUUUAUGAUCAAUACCU